AUGGCCCUUAAGAAAUCUGCUCCGUCGCUUGAUUCAACUAUCGCCAACUUUCUCGGGUUACAAAAUGAAAACCCCCACAAGCAUUUAAAAGAAUUUCAUAUGGUUUGUUUGAGUAUGAAACCUCAGGGGGUAACUGAGGAUCAAAUUAAAUUGCGCGCUUUCCCUUUUUCCCUAGCAGAUUCAGCCAGGGAAUGGUUAUUUUAUUUACCUCCUGGAUCCAUUACAACUUGGGCUGAUCUAUCUCGUUUAUUCCUUAACAGGUUUUUCCCUGCAUCACGAGCGGCUGAGUUAAGAAGAGAAAUCGUGGGCAUAAGGCAAAAAGACGCAGAGACUCUAUACGACUAUUGGGAGCGAUUUAAGAAGUUGUUUGCAAGUUGCACACAACACGGUAUAACGGAACAGUCUUUGAUCCAAUACUUUUAUGAAGGCUUGAAACCCAUGGAGAUGAAUAUGGUAGAUGCCGCGAGUGGAGGAGCGUUAGUCAACAUGACUCCACAACAAGCAAGGGACUUAAUCUCCACAAUGGCUGCAAAUUCCCAGCAAUUUCGAGCCAAUCCUGAACCCCCUAGAAGGGUUCACCAGUUAAGUAAUUCUACCAUUGAAGAUAGACUUGAUAGACUUACUAAUAUUGUGAAUUCCCUUGUUACAGAAAAAUCGAAACCAGCCCGAGAGAUCCUCGAAACAUUCAGGAAUGUUGAGAUCAACUUACCACUGUUAGAUGCCAUUAGACAGAUUCCGCGGUAUGCCAAGUUCCUCAAAGAACUUUGCACCAACAAACGAAAACUAACAGGUAAUGAAAAGGUAAGUGUUGGUGAGAAUGUUUCCGCAGUUCUACAGUGGAAAAUGCCAGUUAAAUGUAAAGAUAGGGGUAUGUUCGCUAUUCCAUGCAAAAUUGGCCAUCUAGGAAUUAAAAAGGCUAUGUGCGAUUUAGGGGCCUCCAUAAAUGUAAUGCCUUAUUCUAUUUAUGAAUCACUUAAUGCGGGUUUUUUGACAAAGACAGGUGUUACCAUUCAGUUGGCAGAUAGGUCCAUUGUGCAUCCCGAAGGGGUCUUCGAGGACGUAUUAGUCAAAGUCAAUGGGCUUAUCUUCCCUGGAGAUUUUUAUGUGAUAAAAAUGGAGGAGGAUAACACUCCUAGGUCUUCAGACAUCUUGUUAGGGCGACCUUUCCUUAGUACUGCGAAUACUAAGAUUGAUGUACGAAGCGGAACCCUCACGAUGGAGUUUGACGGGGAGAUCGUGAAGUUU